AUGGCGGAGUUCAUCGUCAUGCUGAACGAAUCCAUGCCUGAAUCCGAGAGGUUCAUCAUGGAGAGGCUCGACGACGACGACACACACAUGUACGUGCUGCCUUACGCGGCGGCCAUUAUCAGGCGCGAGAUCGCAGAGUUGAGCAAGCGUAACUUCAGUAACUUGAGGCCGACGCGGCGGCAGAGGAAGAUCGCUGCUGUCAAAUCCAAUUUCCAGGAUGCAUGA